AUGUGCGACGAUUGCGAUGGCCCGAACCAUCAAUGCACUAGCCUCGUCUCCCCGGAUGACUCUGUCUGUCUCGUGGAGAGGCCUUCCGAGGUAAGGCGGACGUGCUCCUGGCGAUGGGCAGCUUUGUUCAUGGUUAUUGUUGCAGGCUUCAUCACGAGCUUGCUCGUCAGGGACAGGAGCCUCAGGCCAGUGAUGGUAACCCAGGCAGCAGACCUUCCUCUGGUUAGCCUUGGGCACGUUAGUCCUGAGACGAAUCGUGUUCUCUGCCUCAUCGACAUCGAUCAAAUGGUCAGCCGGGUAAUCAAUCUGUCCAAUGCUAUCGACCGAGUUACAGGCGACUGUAACUUCGAAGGCAUACCAACAGAGAAGAUCUCGGCGCUUGAAAGAGAGCUCUGCGCCAGCACCAUUCUUGUCAUAAUUGUAAAUGCGAAUCUCCUCACAGGCUUGAUCACGGCAUCAGUGUCUUCUUGCACCGGGGCGCUCAAUGUCCCUGCGAACUGUGGGACCAACGUUGUAGCCUUAAUCGGCGGGACGGCCAUACUUCUGCAGUCCAUCCUUGCUGUGGACAUCAACUGCGUCAGGCUUGAGAACGUCCCAAUUGAAGACAAGAUAAACACAACGCUGGCCAGAGCAAAUCGGGCGAAAGACAAAGCUAUACGCAAUGCACAGAAGUUUAUUAGGAAUCAUGGGGGGCAGGUUGAGCUGCUCCCGGCCCCGCCGGCUGUUCCCCCCAAGACUGUGUAUAAGGCAACGUCACUCUGCUUUUCCUUCCUUCAACUGGGGCUUACACAGGUUAUGAAGCUGGGGAUCCUUCUUGCAGAUUCCAGUAUCCACUGCACACCCCGAGAAAGCAAAAGGCAGCCACGUGUGUGUGCGAUCGACAUCCUUGGAAUCUUGCUUCUGGUCAGCGCCUUCACUCGUGUCUUUGCCCUUGCGGCAAACCAAUGUGUUCGGGUGGUAGGGGACAGCAAUCCGAGCACACGAUGUUUACAAGCCUGUGCCGGGGUCCCCGCGGGCGCCUUUGCCGUGACAGCGCGGUGUAUGAACGUGGGAGCUGCUUGCCAAAAGGCCUUCAAGGACUGGCACCCGAACGAGUGGCUGGAGCGAAUUAGCAAUGGCGAGCACCAGAACGUCCACUCGGGGAUUGACGAGCACGUUCAUUCAUUCCAUUCAGGUAGUCUGGAAGAAGACCUCGAGGUGCCAGCCGAUGAUGGCAACGUGAUAAUUCCGGAUGAGUAG